UCAGAACUCACUCUUUCCUCACAUUACAGAUUAUCCUUGAGAAGUCACCAAGUUCCUUCUUAACUUAACAAUGGCGCCAAAGGCCGAGAAGAAGCCCGCUGAGAAGAAGCCAGCGGCGGAGGAGAAGAAAGCCGAGAAGGCUCCGGCGGAGAAGAAGCCAAGAGCCGAGAAGAAGCUUCCCAAAGACGCCUCCGACAAGAAAAAGAAGAGAGCCAAGAAGAGCAUUGAAACUUACAAGAUCUACAUCUUCAAAGUCCUCAAGCAAGUUCAUCCUGAUAUCGGAAUCUCCAGCAAGGCCAUGGGGAUUAUGAACAGUUUCAUCAACGACAUUUUCGAGAAGCUCGCUCAGGAAUCCUCUAAGCUUGCUCGCUACAACAAGAAGCCAACCAUCACCUCUCGGGAGAUCCAAACGGCUGUGCGCCUUGUUCUUCCCGGUGAGUUGGCCAAGCACGCCGUCUCUGAGGGCACCAAGGCUGUCACCAAGUUUACUAGCUCUUAGAUUUAUAGAUACUAGGGUUUUUUUUCCUUUUUUUUUUUCCUAGUGUAGAAAGCAGCAUGACUUCUGAAUCGUUGAUUUCACUUCCUUUUGUUGCAUAUCUUGGAACUAAUGAGUGAUACAUGUUUUUUAUAACGCGACUUCUUCUGUUAUUUUGCUC